AUGUUGAGUCCCAAGAGGCUUGUUGAGAAGGCAAAGAAGGGGCUGCCCUUGAUGAGAUCAAAUAGUAGGUCGAGUUGUUGCGAUUUCAACAACGUAAUGGUUGCUGACAAAGGCCAUUUUGUGGUAUACAGUAUGGAUGAUGCAAGAUUCGUGGUGCCGUUGUCAUUCCUCAAGAGCUGUAUCUUUCAGGAGCUCCUCAAGGUUUCAGCGGACGAGUUCGGUUUACCCGGAGAGGGGCCAAUCACCUUGGCCUGCAGUGGAGUUUUCAUGGAGUAUGUAAUCUCCUUGCUCAAGAGAAGCGUGUCUAGAGAUGUCGAGAUGGCUUUGCUUGCCUCCAUCGAUAAUACUAGCCGGUGCUCGGAUUCCUCGUUGGUUGGCCUUGGUUGUGACCAACAACGAGUAGUAGUAUGA